UAUUCGUGCAAAUAUUCUACGCUACAAAGUUUAUCGCAUUGUGGUUCAAUUCCCAAACUUAAAACUCUUCUAGGUCCACAAGAUUUAACAAACGUCGCAAACUAAUGAGAGUUUGAUUGUUUCCGGCCGGAGUACUACAAUUGCUGGACGUGAUUAUGAGCGCACCUUCAGGGCAAGUGUGCACAAAGGAAAACAAACAGCGUAGCAUGAACCGCUAGGAUGUGUUAUGUCGUGAUCGCAAAGUUCAUUCGUCGGCGUUUGGUGUUAGCGAUUAUUUUUCUUCUUUCCCUGUCUUACUGUAUGGUCCACCUGAUUCGAAGGAACAACAACCUAAGCUUAAAUGGGGAUUAUCUACAGACGCAGCUGUUGCUGCGUAAAAACAUUAUCUGGACCAAAGCAAGACACACACCGGGGCGUGCUGGCGCAGAUCCGGCCGCGAUUGCGACGGCAGUUGCCAACGAAACCGACGAGCUGCCGGAAGCACUUACCUGCCGAAAUUCGAUCCAGGGUAAAUCGCUUAUCGUAGACGACCGGGGAUAUGUUUGCUCCCGUUCAGAUCUGCUAAAAAACGGCUGCUGUAGCGAGUCUGACAUCGAAGGGAAUAUUGAUGCAAGGAAACUGUUUCCGUGCCGUACCUGCCUACCGAAUCGUUGCUGCGCAGUGUACGAGUACUGUGUGUCCUGCUGUUUAAACCCGGACAAGCGACCAAUCCUGGAGGAUGUAUUAGCCAAAGCGAACGGCAGACAGGUGGCACUGUAUGCCGAAGUAACCGAUCAGUUCGAGCUGUGCCUCACCAAGUGUCGCACCAAUUCGCAAUCGGUACAGAAUGAGAACAAGUACCGAAAUCCGGAACAGAAACACUGUUACGGCGAAAUGAGUGAUGCGUUGUGGCCCUCCGCCAGCGGGAAGGACUCACAAAAAACGCUUCAGGAAGAUGUCUGAAGGAUAGACACAACAAAAAAGGACACUUAACAAAUUCAAACCAAGAGGAAGUUGCAAGGUCAAUUUUAUUUUUAACUUGAAACUGUUGGGCCAUUGGUGUAGGUCCCGAUUGUUGUCCCUUAUUUUACCAGCACGAAGAGCAAAAAAGAAAAAAAAACGUAAUUGUAUUGCUAUAAUAAAAACAAAACGUAUUUGUUAGACAUAAUAGU